AUGGCGUACUACAGAGCAAAUUACUUAAGCGAUACUUAUGCUAUAAGUCCACCAAUUCCUAAUUUGCAAAAGAGACAAGUUGGGGUCGCUCUAGACUAUUCAAAGGUCGAUGACCUUGGCCGAGCAAAAGUAGUGUAUUCAUGGAACAGGAACAUUCAUGAUAAAGAUUUAGCAACUAAAGAAAAUUACACCGAGCCGAAAUAUGAGCCACGACUCUCAUCUUCUGAUGUUCUGAAAAUAUCUGCCGCACAACAAACAACCCAGGCUUACAAGGACGGUCUUGAAUAUGUUAAAGCAGAGGAAGAUUAUCGUAAAAAACAGAAGUAUCUUGAUUCUAUUACCCCCAGUCGUCGAGGGAACGCUCUAACUAUUGGAACACAAGCGUCUACAUCUGGAUUACCAAUUCCAGAUGAAUCAGGAACUGUGUUUCACUAUCCGGCAUCUGUUACGAGUCAAACAGGUCUAAUGUUUCAGGCACCACCGAAUGGAAAUGAAAUUCCGGCACAACCAAGAAAUGUAAACUCAAGUCCACUAGAACCUGUUAUUUUAACAAGGGAGACGGAAAUUAGACGAGAUGCAUUUGGAAAUGACCAUGUCAAUCAUGCGACUGGUGUCGCAGUUCCAUUAGAUGCGAUGACAAUGGGCGAUGCCUAUAUUCCACCUAUCCCAGGCGGUUUCCCUGGCUCGACUCCACAGGUACAUGUGGAAUCUCCUCAAAUCGAUGCCUCAGUGGAAACAAUGCCUCGUAGCGCACCAAUUCCUCACGAUACGGUAAUUAUGAAUGACCAUCAAAAUCCAUCUGAUGUGGCAGAUGUUUUGGAGAGAAACUCGGUGAAUGAACAGUUUAUUUCUGUUCCUGCAAGGACACCAUUCCAUUUCAAAGGUAAAGAACCAGCCGUAUUAGCGGGUUCCAAAAGAAAGGCGAAUGCGCCUCCACCGAUUCCUCGAUUGAAUAAAAAGAAGCAAAAAACAGGUGAUGCAGAGCAUGAUGUUGUAGAAGGAAUAAAUCUAGAGCCGGUAACUCCACCAGCAACCCCUCCACCUGUUGCUCCUCCACGUCCCCCAGAUGUGCUUUUUGCCGGACGUGCUCCUCACGGAACCAAGCGAAGACAGUAUAAACAGCCAGAGGAUAAGCAGACGAUAAAAAGACGGAGAAUCGAUGCCGAACAUGUAGAGGAGCCUGCUCUAGAGGAAAUAGUGUUACAAAAUCCUGAAGAAGUCGAGAGGUCUGUACGUGCUUCCCGCAGGAGAAGGGUCAAUGUUGAUCCAGUCUUAGCACCGAUGGCACUUAACCCGCCAACGCUAGUACCAUUGACUGCGGACUUGGGAAGCGAAGUACGUCCUCUCACUCGUCUAAGAGGACAACGUGAAGCGGAAUAUGUUGUACCACCGGUUCCAACACAGGCAACAGUUCAUGUCGAACCUACAGUUCGAAGUAGGCAGAGGAAAGGAGCAGAGGAUGUCACACUUCCACCGAGGAAGAAACAGAGGAUAAUGUGA